AUGUCGACCGAGACCGCCUCGCCCAUUGGCAUUGCCAACCUCCCCAACCAGCGUCACAAGAUUGUCGCGAAGCGGGGUGCAGCCUUCACUAUUAUGGUUGCCGGAGAGUCAGGAUUGGGAAAGACAACAUUCAUCAACACCCUCUUUUCCACGACCAUUAAGAACUAUGCCGAUCACAAGCGCCGCCACCAGAAGCAGGUUGACCGAACUGUGGAGAUUGAGAUCACCAAGGCUGAGCUCGAGGAGAAGUUCUUCAAAGUCCGCCUCACCGUCAUUGAUACCCCUGGAUUCGGAGACUACGUGAACAACCGUGAUUCAUGGCAACCCAUUAUCGAGUUCCUGGAUGACCAGCACGAGUCAUACAUGCUCCAGGAGCAGCAGCCCCGCCGAACCGACAAGAUUGACAUGCGUGUUCACGCCUGUCUGUACUUCAUCCGCCCUACCGGACACACCCUGAAGCCUCUCGAUAUCGAGGUGAUGAAGCGCCUGAGCUCCCGUGUCAACCUGAUCCCCGUGGUUGCUAAGGCUGAUACCCUGAGCCACGCUGAUCUGGUUCGCUACAAGGAUAGAAUCCGCGCUGUGAUCGAAGCCCAGGGCAUCAAGAUUUACACCCCGCCCGUGGAGGAGGACGACGAGCACGCUGCUUCCCACGCCCGCAGCCUUAUGGCUGCCAUGCCUUUCGCCGUCAUCGGUUCCGAGAAGGACGUCAAGGCUAACGAUGGUCGUGUUGUUAAGGGUCGUCAGUACGCUUGGGGUGUCGCCGAGGUGGAGAACGAGGACCACUGCGACUUCAAGAAGCUCCGCUCGAUCCUGAUCCGCACCCACAUGCUCGACCUUAUUCACACCACGGAAGAAUCGCAUUACGAGGCCUACCGUGCCCAGCAGAUGGAGACCCGCAAGUUUGGCGAGGCCCGGCCACGCAAACUCGACAACCCCAAGUUCAAGGAGGAAGAGGAGACUUUGCGCAAGCGCUUCACCGAGCAAGUCAAGGUCGAGGAGCAGCGUUUCCGCCAGUGGGAGCAGAAGCUUAUCUCAGAGCGCGACCGCCUCAACAAAGAUCUCGAGGCCACUCAUGCAGCUAUCAAAUCCCUCGAGCAGGAGAUCGAGAGUCUACAGGGUUCCGGCACCCGCAGCCACGGACGCCCCGUCAACGCGGUAACCUUCUCAAGCUCCGGCGGCACCUAUGUCCUCACAGGCUCCUCAGACCGAGCAGUACACCUUUCGCGCGCCAUUCCAAACAACUCCGAUAACAUAACAGCAGUUGAAACCACAUCCCCGAUCCAAAAAUACGAAGCGCAUGGCUACUCGGUCCUGGACAUCGCCGUGUCAUCCGACAACGCGCGCUUCGCCAGCGUAGGAGGCGAUCGACAAGUCUUCCUCUGGGAUGUGGAACAAGGCAUCACGACCAAACGCUGGUCAGGCCACAACAGCCGGGUCGAAGCCGUGCAAUUCGCCGGCGAUGGCGACUCGGUCGUGGUAACGGGUAGUGCAGACACAACAAUCAACCUCUGGGAUACCCGAUCCACAAGUUACAAGCCCAUCCAAACCCUCACCGAAGCAACAGACACAGUCUCAUCACUACACGUGCAUAUGGGGACUUACUCGAUAGCAAGCGGGAGCUACGACGGCCACGCACGGAUCUACGACGUUCGCACGGGAAAGACGACUGUCGAUGUUCUCGCGCACCCUGUGACGAGCGUGCGCUGUUCAAGCGACGGGAACGCACUGCUCGCUUCGACGCUGGAUGGGUAUAUCCGCAUGCUGGACCGGAUGGAUGGGAAGCUUCUCAAUGCGUUUGGGGGAGAAGAUGGGAGUGAGGAGGGAGGGACAGAUGGGACGGCAGGGGCGGCGGCGUUUGCUUGGGAUGUUCUUAAAGGGGAGGUUAUAGCUGCUGUGCCUGUUGGGGAGAAGGUUAAGGCUGUUAGUUGUGUGGCGUGGAAUGAGGGUGUUGGUGAUUGGGCUGCUGGAUGCUCUGAUGGUACCGUCAGAGUCUAUGGAUGA